CUUUCUUUAAUUUAAUUACUUAGCAGUUCACAUCAUCACAUUGGAAUUGGCCUUUCAUUUUUUCCUCCACUCUUCUUCUUCUGCCCUCUCUCCUCUCCUUAUUGUGAACCAAAAUCAUGAAUAGAAAUGCACACAAUAAGGAGGAAAAAGGUUGCUGCUAUUUCCACCCAAAACAAGUGGUUGUUGGAGUGUGCCCCUUGUGCUUGAAUGAGAGGCUCCUCAUACUUGCUGCAAAACAAGACCAUCAUAAUCAUCAUCACAGGCUUCAAAGUUCCACUCAGAGGAAGGCUUCAGCUUCUAUUCACAAGAUCUUUGCUUUUGGUUCUCUUUUCACUCGCCACCAAUUGAAAUCGCACAACUAUUAUGAUCAAGAUGAUGCCUCUCCCAGCCCAGAAGACUCAUUCAUCUCAAUGAAAUUUGAAGAAAAUGGAGUAGCCUCAUGGGAGAAGAGCACCAGCACCAAUGCCAUCUCAAAUAUCUCCAACAAGAAGGUGUGUGUAGAGAGGCAGGUCCUAGACAAGGACGCCAAGGAGAGCAAGAGCGUGGUAGAGCAUGGCAAGUCAAAUAACGCGUUUAGAUGGCGAAAGCGUAUUGGCCGUUUGGUCCACUUUAUCCCAUGGAAGAGGUCUAAUAAGGGUGGGGGUGUGGGUCACGUUGAAGGAGUGAAGGUUAAUAGAAAGGGUUGGAUGAGAACGCUGACAAAGAGGAAGACCGUGGAACAAAAGGGUUAAAAAAGAAAGUCACACCAACACUUGCUUUUCUCUCCCUCUCACCCUUUUGUAGGAUUGGGGUUACCACUUACUACUUACUACUUACUACUACUACUCAGUGUGGAUGUGAAGUUAUAACAAACAUAGUAUAAUACUAUCUAGAAGGGGGUAGAGUAAAAAAUAGCUUUGUUGAUUGAUCUCUUGAAAAUGUGCUUUAGAAAGAUGAAAGUUAAAAAAAAAAAAAAAGUGAGUGCUUUGCAUGCUUUGAGGACUUAUGAGAGGUUCUUCUAAUUCAUUUUUGCUAUGUGUUUUUUUUUUUGGUAAUUUUUUUUUCUAGUUGUUAUGGUAUGGGCAGUACAGGCUAGCUGUAAAUGAGAUAACAUUUGGGUGUUCCUUUCCAUACGGCACUGCAAAAAACAAAACCCAUGUUAGGUACCCAUAGUGGGAAACAAAUUAAGCACAAGGGCCCUAUAAACAUUGUGCUAUAGGGCUUGUCUUGAUAGUGGCAAAAUGUCUUUGCCUCAAUUUUUAAAAUAAAAUUCAAAUUGUUUUUCAUUCAA